AUGGGCUGUUUGGAUGAGCCAGGGACCAGUCAUAUUGGGCCCUUUGCACGGGAGCCCUUGACAGACUUCGUGAAAUCUAAAAUCUCUCCAAUCGGACCGGUGACCAGCCGGAAAGAUUUCAACGUCUCCAGCGUGUUACUUACCAUGGAUCUCAUCCUGAGGGAGGAGGCCUUUACCGACCGACCCAUUGAUGGAUUCCUAAUCUACCGGUUCCUCCUUGACUGUGCCCAAAAGAUACUCUCCCGCAACGAGCCCGAGGAUGGAGAGUUCUAUCUUCGAUAUGCGGACGAUAAAGGCACCCAUAUACUUGUUGACGAGGAUUGCAACAUCACCGGUAUAAUCGACUGGGAAUGGGCCCAUACGGACACGCGAUCCGCGGCAUUCAGAUCCCCGAUGCUCGUUUUGCCCGUUUGUGACUUCUUCAAUGGAAAGAGUGAGCUUGGGGACAACGAAUUGCUUCUGGCCAAGUCAUUCGAGGCGAAAGGUCAUCCUGAGCUUUCCCAAGCGGUGCGAGACGGACGGGCUCUUCAUUUCUUUGAGUUUUGCUGCCGAUAUGACGUUCCAGAAUGGCGCAACUUGAUACGUCUGUUUCACGGUCUUCGUAGGACGGUCGGCAUAGAUGGUGAGUUGAAGUGGGAGGAAUGGAAAAAAAAGGCCUUGAAGCAGUGGAGGAAUGAUCAUCAGUUGCAGGAAUUGCUGAGUCGACAUCCCCGAGGCCGCGCGAAUAGAAAGGCCUGA